ACUUUCUCCCAAAUAAAGGGACCCCGGUGGAAGAGCCGCUGGUGGUAUCGUAUGCAAAUACGCAUGCUGACGUCAGAGAUCAUGUGGGUUUUGGCGUAGAUUCCCCACUGAUCGAAGGAUUUUUUUUUUAAUUAUUUUUAUUUUUUUGCCCGUGUUUGUGCUGCUGGGGGGGUGGGGAGGAGGGGGCUUUGCCCAGGCUCCCACGUUCCCCAGCGUGGCGAAAGGCAGAGCCCUUCCACUGGGGGAAAGUUCGUGCCGCUGCCUCCUAAAGCCUCCUGGGCGCAGCUGCAUGGGCUGAAAGCAGGCAGUAGGACCUGACAGCAGUGGACAGCAGCUCUUAUUGUGAGGACCAGCCAGGGCAAAGGUGGGACAAGGCUGGAUUCACUGCAGGACAGUCUGACCCAAUCGCUCUACUCCAAGGCCACAAAUAAUCCAGGACUUCUGCCUGCCUACAGUGCCCCCAAUAGCCUCAUCAAAACCCUGGAAAUUACCAGAUGCCCAGACAACAUCUCCUUGGUAACUGGCUGGAUCACUGGUGGUUAAUUUUAAAAAGAACAUAAUUACACAGGUGUAAUGCAGCCCAGUAUGUUUGGGGGUUGGAGCUGACGAUCACAGAUGGCACUUAAACUCUUUUGGAAACAUACCAGGCCAUAACAUUCAAGGAAAAUCAGCCAUUAGAGAGGGCUUCUUUGGGUUUAUUCCCCCAAAAGAGAGUCACCAUCUGAAACAGUUGCACACCAUAAUAGGUGCUAUGGCUAGCAAAAGAAAGUCAACAACUCCAUGUAUGCUGCGAUCACCUGAAUUAAUGGAGCAGGCUGUUCCUGAGGAUGGAGAAGCCUUAAAAGAAAGAGGUGCUGGCACUCCCCAGCAGGAUUCUAAAGAUGGCUGGGCUGCUGAUACAGAAAACUCUGUAAAAGAAUGUGAAGUGAUGGAUGGAAAAGUCUCAGUUGAGAAUCAAUCCAAGAAACCCCAAGGUGGUUAUGAAUGUAAAUACUGUCCUUAUUCAACACAAAACCUAAAUGAAUUUACAGAGCAUGUUGACACACAGCACCCAAAUGUAAUCCUCAACCCUCUCUACGUGUGUGCUGAAUGUAACUUUACAACCAAAAAAUAUGAUUCCUUAUCUGAUCACAACACAAAAUAUCACCUGGGAGAGAAUAAUUUUAAACUGAAAUUAAUCAAACGCAAUAAUCAGACUGUGUUAGAGCAAUCCAUUGAGACAACCAAUAAUGUUGUCACUGUCACAAACAGUGGAGUAGAAAAUGCAGAGUAUGAUGAAGCCCUUCAUGGUGAGAUCAAUGUAAGUAAAACCCCAAUUAUGAAACAGGGAAAGCCUAAAGUCGAGACCAAGAAGGGUCCCAAAAAGACAGAAGAGGGAGGUAUGGAAAACCAUGUUGAUGGGACCCUCCCCCGUGUCAUUACAGAAACCACUGAAUCUAUUGCUUGUAUCAACGGAGCUGACCUUCUUCAUGAUGUAUUGGCUCAUGUUAUGCCCUCUGUACAGCUGCCACCAAAUAUCAACCUUGUCCCCAAGGUCCCAGUCCCUCUGAACAGUACCAAAUACAACUGUGCACUGGACACUAAUGCAACCAUGAUCAACUCCUUUAAUAAAUUUCCUUACCCAACACAAGCAGAGCUGUCAUGGUUGACAGCAGCAUCAAAACAUCCAGAGGAGCAAAUCCGAAUCUGGUUUGCUACCCAGCGUUUGAAGCAUGGAAUAAGUUGGUCUCCAGAAGAGGUAGAAGAGGCAAGAAAGAAGAUGUUUAAUGGAACCAUCCAGUCAGUACCCCAAACCAUCACUGUCCUGCCAGCUCAUCUGACAGCUGCAAAAAUGCCACAGCCAAUUAUCCAAACAGCUUUACCUUGCCAGAUACUCGGCCAGACUGGCCUGGUUUUGACUCAAGUGUCAAAUGGAUCAACAGUUUCUUGCUCACCGAUUACACUUGCUGUUGCUGCUAAUCACGGACAGAAACGGACAAUACAGACCUUGUCGGGUGCCCCAGAAGUAAAGCGUCCACAUGUAGUUCAUGUGCCUGAGGUCUCACCCAAGCUGAAUGCUUCUCCAUUGACACCAACAAAUGACCGAAAAAAGACCAAGGAACAGAUAGCAGAACUAAAGGCUAGUUUUAUCAUGAGCCAAUUUCCUGACGAUGCAGAAGUCUACAGGCUAAUAGAAGUAACCGGUCUCUCCAGAAGCGAGAUCAAGAAGUGGUUCAGUGAUCACAGAUACAGAAGUCAAAGGGGCAUUGUUCACAUCACUAGUGAAUCUAUAGCAAAAGAUCAGUUAGCCAUUGCAGCUGCCCGGCACGGGCGUACAUACCACACAUACACAGAUUUCACAUCCCAGAGGUUCAAAGAGAAAACACAAGAGCAGCUUAGGAUUCUCGAAGAAAGUUUUCUUAGAAGCUCUUUUCCAACCCAAGGAGAAUUGGACAGACUUAGAGUGGAAGCCAAGCUGAGUAGAAGAGAGGUUGAUUCCUGGUUCUCUGAGAGGAGAAAGCUAAGGGAUAGCAUGGAACAAGCUGUCUUGGACUCUAUGGGAUCCAACAAAAAAAAUAAGGAUCGGGGACUCCAUAAUGGUACAAUAAGCCAGACUGAGCUGCUGAAUAGCUCCCAGCUACCCAGUUCUUUGUCCGAAUCCGAAUCCUCCACAGCAUUUAACAAAAAAAACCAAGAGCAGAUUCACCUGCUGAAGAGCACAUUUGCAAGAACCCAGUGGCCAUCACCCCAGGAAUAUGACCAGUUAGCAGCUCAAACUGGGCUCACUAGAACUGAAAUAGUCCGCUGGUUCAAGGAAAAUAGAUCCUCCCUAAGAACUGGGACAUUAAAAUGGAUUGACCGAUACCAACAGCAGUAUGUUGUUGAGGGUCAUAAUGAGCAAAACCAGAAAAAGGGAUUAAAACAAAAUGAGAGUCCAAAGAACAGUAACCAGGUGUCUCGGCAGCAUUACCAGGAGCACAAAAAGUUGAAUGAAGAGAACAUGGGCAAACUAGUCAUGAGAGCAACAGAAGACUAUGAGCCACCAAAAGACUCUUUGUUAGAGAAUCAAACUGAGGACAGAUUGGAAUGCAACAGCCAAGACGGCCACGGUAGUGAGGAAAAUGAGGAUGCUGGAGAUGUGAACUGGGUGGAGGUGACAGUAGGGGAUGAUGAUGCUGUCUCGGACUGUACAGACAGCUGGAGUCAAACUGCACCUGAAGGCCCAGCUGAGUUAGCAGAUUUUGAUUCUGAAAGUGUAUCUGGAGACAAUUCCCAUAUUUAAACAGGGAUGCCAAUCAGUCGUGCUGUCGUGAUAAUCAAGGGGGGAAAACUGUCUCUGAAAACAGGAUAACCGUCUAUUUUCCUACUUGGGACAAGAUAACCAAUGAGUUGCAACUCUGAGUUGAACCACGCUUGCAGAGGCACAGUGAGAAAUAUCGUGGAGCAUUGAUAUGGAAUUGUUCGUAGUGCCAAAGUCCUACUACCGCAUUAAAGAAGAAAGGGUCCUUGUACAUAGGUUUCUCCCUAACUUCCCUUCCCCUCACCCUUGUCCUCUACUGGAACUGAUUUGUACAAAGUGGGAAUUUUGUUACCUUUUUAAUUGGUGCAAGUUACUUUUUCAGAUCAUCCCAUUGCAAGGUUUGGGGCUUUUUGUUUUUAGAAUUAGUAACCACUAUAUCUGCUUCGGUUUUAAAAUAUUAAAAAUUUGAAAUCUUU